AUGUUUGCCGUGCUGAUUCUUUUGCCGCUAUCUUUCGUCGUCUACUACGUAUGGUUAUUCUAUGCGAAUGUGAGACGUUAUCCUAAAGGACCAAGACCUCUGCCAAUUGUUGGGAAUCUUUUAUCGAUCAACUUGCGAAAGCUAAAUGAAGACUUCGAGCACAUAUCAAAGGAUUAUGGUGAAAUAUUUACUGUUUGGCUUCCUAAGCCGUAUGUGGUGAUCAUGAACUACGACAACAUUAAGGAGGCGUUCGCGAAAAAAGGAGAUGAUUUUAACGGUCGAUCUGGUCUCUUUCCUGACACAUUGUUCCAAAGCAUGCACAAUGGAGGCAUUGUUUUUUCCCAGGUUUCUCUUUCUGCACAAGAAUUUCUCAAUCAUAUGAAGAGCAUCAAAAACAAGGACGAAGUUGAUCUACGAAGACCUUUUACAGUUUUUGUCGCAAACGUCAUCAACAGGACGUUAUUUGGAUAUGGGUACAGCUACGAUAACGCCGAUCGCCUUAUGAGGGUUGCGGAUACUUUAGCCAUAUUAUUCGACGAGGCGAGGAGCAGCAAAGUGGUAUUUCUCGCUCAACUCAUGCCUUCUAUACUUGCGAUUCCAGUACUGCGCAAGUAUCUCUCAUCGGAAGAUAACGCAAGUCGUCAGAGAAGAUGUGAAGAAGGUGUUACAGUCUUGGGAUGGCAGCCAUGA